GCGAUGUAGAAAUGUGCCUGAGCUACGCCUUGACCCACUGUAGAAACUUGCUCUGUUUCCCAUCAGUUGACAGUUUAAUAUUUCUCGAGAAUGAGUAAAUUAUUUUCCAUAUUUUCUUUCCACGCAACUCAUCCGUUUCAGCGAAAGAUUAGUAUUCUUCGGGCAAAAAGACUAAGCCGAAUUUUAUUUGUCAAUUUUAUGGUUCGUUGUUCGGAGUGCUAAAACAAGAAUGAUGACAAACAGCCGUUAUUCAAUGUUUGUUUAAAGAAAUUCUUAUGAAGUAUUGUUGUAGAAAAGUCAGAAUUUCGGCGAUAAAUUUUAUUUCUGCUAUGGAAGUGCGUUAUUAUGUGCUAAUAAUUGCGGUGAUGACCCGCUUUUGUGUACAUUUGCAUUAAAUUAUUUAAAUUUCUAGAAUCCUGCUUAGAUAACGAGUAUUACAGAUUUAACCGAUCAUAAAUGGAAAAUUUGAUAACAGUUUUUCAUUAAAUGUAUUAUUCUGUGUAAAUGAGUAAAUUAGCAUAUUUCAUUCCACCUGGAAGAAAUGAAAAAAGAUGUAAAGUAAUAAGUAAAACGUUUCUAAGUUUAUUACCCGGGGUAUAAUUGAUAUUUUAGUUCCAAAUAUCUAAGUAUUAUUUUUAACAGAAAUUUAUAAAUAGUGGGAUACGUAAAGUAUCCUGAAUAGUGACAAUUCAACUUUUACAUUGCAGAAAUAUUAAAUGUAAUGUGUUUUAUUUAUGCAUCAAUUAUUUUUAAAAGAAAAUUAUGUACAUGUGCUAAAGCAUCAAUAAUCUAUAUUAGUCUCUUUUACUAUCAAAUUUUACAUUAUCAGUUAAAUUCGUAAAUCUGAUGAUUUUCAAGUAAGCUAUGAAAUUUAUGUGCGUCAAUAGUUAUUUUUCUAAAAGAAUUUAUAUAUGAUGCUGUUAGUAACCAUAAUAGAAGAAGUGGUUAUGUAGCAUGUGCUUGAGAUAGUUUCAUCAAAGCUGAACUGGAAAUAGAUUUCAGUGCAUAUAAAUGAAACUUAUACAUUUAGCAACAGUUUCUUAUAUAUAGCAUUCAGUUAUAUAUACAGGUACAUAUGUAAAAAAAUAUAUAAACUUUUGUCUCCACACUGAUUGGAAAACUGCCUGAGAAGUAUGUGGUGUAUGUAAAUUUGCUUACAAAAAAAUUGACCUUUGUAUUUUAGCACAUAGCAUUAUACUUUUGGAUUACAAGUUACAAUCAUGCAUACCAACAUGAGUACAAAACCAUAUAGAUGUCAUGUAUGUAGAAAGUCAUUUGUACAUGCAAAUGCAUUUAAAAAACAUGUUGCUAUCCAUACUUGUGAGAGAUCACAAAAAUGUGAUGUAUGUUACAAAACUUUUGCACUCAGAAAUGACUUAAUCUCGCAUACGCGAUGCAUCCACAUGCCAGAAAAACCUUAUGUAUGUAAUGUAUGUAGCAAAUCAUUUGCACGCAAAGCUAAUUUAAAUGUACACGUGCUUUAUCACACUGCUGAGAAACCACAUAAGUGUCAUAUAUGUAGCAAGUCAUUUGUAAGUGUAAGUGCAUUAAAGAGACAUGCACUUGUCCACACUGGUGAGAGAUCAUAUGAAUGUGAUAUAUGUAGUAAGACAUUUGUACUCAAAAAUGAUUUAAUCUCGCAUUUGCGUAUUCACACUGGUGAAAAACCACAUGUAUGUAAUGUAUGUUGCAAGACGUUUGCUCGCAAAAGUAAUUUAAAUGUACACAUGCUUUCCCACACUGGUGAGAAGUCGCAUGAAUGUUUUAUGUGUAGUAAGACAUUUGGACAGAAAAGUCACUUGAAUAUGCAUAUGCGCAUUCAUACGGGUGAGAAACCACAUGAGUGUGAUGUGUGUAGCAAAUCAUUUACAUGUAAAAGUCAUUUAAAAUUACAUAUGCUUACUCACACUGGUGAGAAAUCACAUAAGUGUGUUAUAUGCAACAAGUCUUUUUCACAAUUGAGUAGUUUGACUAGGCAUGUAUUUACACACACGUGUGUGAAACCACAUCUCUGUGAUGUAUGUAAUAAAUCAUUUGCAUGCAAAAGUCAUAUGAAGGAACAUAUGCUUAUCCAUAUUGAUGAGAAACCACAUACGUGUAUUACAUGUGGGAAAUCAUUUGCUUGGAAAUGUGCCUUAAAGAGACAUAUGCUUAUGCACAUUGGUGAAAAACCACAUUAAUGUGUUGCAUAUUAUGAAUAUUGUUAAAUUAAGCAAAUAGGCCAAUAACUACAGAUUGGGGACCCAGGGCAACAGAUCAUAAUGGGGCCUCCUUCUUUAUUGUGUCUCCUAACCUCGGUCCUUUAUUAUUAUUAUUAUUGUUUUUUUUUUAAGUUAUGGUUGAUUGUUUUCUUGAAAAUUAAAGUAGCUUUACACACUUUAAUUGAGUGAAAAUAUUUUCGAUAAAUGUCUCGGGUGUGUGCUAUUAUAUAUUAUUUUUGACUAGUGUUUAAUACUGUUAAAUCAGAAAGAAUAUUAUGUCCAAAGCCGUUUGAUGCCACACAGAAUGUAAUUAGAAACUUAUGCAAUAUAAUGAUAUUUACUAUCAAAAUAUGUGCUAUACUGUAUUUUUUUUUGUCCCAACUGGUGAUCUACCGAAUUUCACUAGUUGAUCUGUUUUAUACCUGAUGGUGCCACCUCUUUUUCACACCAUGUUGUUUUUAAAAGCAGUAUUUAUGCUUAUCGUUUCUUUCACAUGCAAUUUUUCUGUUGAAUUUAUGAAGAGUUUUUAAAAUGUUGUCUUCGAAUCUUUGUUAUCAAUUUACUCUCAAAUAGAAAUUUAUUUUUUUCACGUUUACAUUACAAAGAGUUGAGGAAGCGCUUCCGCAGAGAACCCGGUAAAUGUAAACAUCGCCAACUUUGGCAAUAAUAGUUCAAACCUGGUAACCCAGCGGAUUUAUCCUAUUCGCUUGUUCGAAGUUUG